AUGGUCAAACCAGGAAUGGAGCCCCCGCUGGGAAAAGAGUCAAAUUUUGACGAUCCUGAUCGUGAAAUGCUGUGGGCCCGUUAUAGGCUCUCAAUGAGGCUUCGGAUGGAUGACAUUGCUUGUGUCAUCGGAUAUAUCGGGUUCAUGGGGUAUUGUGUGAUAUGCUUGUUGAUGCUAAGAUAUGGAGGCGGUUUGCAUCAGUGGGAUGUUCCUGAGGAUCUAGUGCCCAAGUAUAGCCAGACAGUUUAUGCAACAAUGGUCAACUAUGGUCCAACAGUCUUCGCCAUCAAAGCUGCCAUCCUGCUCUUCCUAGCCAGCGUUUUCGCCCCAUAUAAGACUUAUGUAAAAUGGAUCUACGGCUUCCUGAUCGUCAUGGGUAUUUACUACGUCGUUAUGCUAUUUCUCAAAAUGUUCAUCUGUCGUCCCAUAUCCAUGUUCUGGGGGGCCACAACCGAUGGCCAAUGCUUCAAUCAGCGUGUCCUCAUCCUGGUGGACAACAUCAUCAGUCUUCUCAGCGACAUCGUGGUGCUUCUUUUGCCCUGCCCUCUUACCAAGAAGCUCCAAGUAGGGCUGAUGGCGAAACUCAAGAUCGUCGCUAUCUUCGGAGUUGGUGGUAUUGCCUGCAUCUUUAGUCUCGUUAGGCUUGUGUUUAUCAUCCAGAAGGGGGAAAGUCAGGAUCAGACCUACGUUUUUCUCCAAAUCAAUUUGACUGGAAUCGCCGAGUGUGGCAUCGGCCUUGUCUGUGCUUGCUUCCCUUUCAUACCAAUGCUCUGGAAGUCAAUUCUCCACAAAGACAAGCCGGGAUACUCGUCUAGUUAUUCCCGAUCGCAGUUCGAGAUGAUGAGCGGGUCGAACAAGAGGUCGCGAAGCGCAACAGACAAUGCAGAGAGUGCUCACUAUAAGGAGGAUAUGGGUAGUGAUGAGAAUGUCCUUAUACCCAGUGGCAAAUCGUAUGUCACUACCAAGAUUAGAGCUGGUGAUGAUGGCACUGAGCGAAACAGUGUUGGCAAUCAGAGCGGAGGUCGUGGAUCAAGUCUUGAUGACUCUCAUAUUCUACGGACAGUGGAGGUGGUUCGACAGUACGAAGAGCGUUGA